AAACUUCAAAGACGACGAGUCCAUUUUAAGGAUAAUCGUUAUCUGUUUGUGCCUUUAGGCUGGUCAGUCUGUAGAUGAUGAAAAUGGCGACUCUUGCCGGAAUUGGGAUCGGCACUGGGACUCGAUUGGUUGUCCCACAAUCAAAAUUCAUACUCCGUCAUUCGUCCUCACAAACCUGCAACACUUUUACCAGCAUCUCUCUUGUUCCAAAGCGUACUUUCUCAAUCUCUGCCUCAUUUUCAGAGGAUAGCAAUACCCUCAAAGACCAACAGGUCCGUGUCCGUUUCGCCCCUUCUCCCACCGGUAAUCUUCAUGUCGGUGGCGCCAGAACUGCUCUUUUCAACUACCUCUACGCUAGGUCUAAAGGUGGGAAGUUUAUACUGAGGAUAGAGGACACGGACCUGGAGAGAUCAACAAAGGAAUCAGAGGAAGCUGUGUUGCGGGACCUUUCUUGGCUGGGUCUUGAAUGGGAUGAAGGCCCUGAAGUUGGUGGUGGUUAUGGUCCAUAUCGGCAGUCAGAAAGGAAUGACCUGUACAAACAAUAUGCUGAGAAGCUUCUACAAUCUGGUCAAGUUUAUCGUUGCUUUUGCUCAAAUGAGGAACUUGAGCAAAUGAAGGAGAUGGCAAAAGAAAAGCAGCUACCUCCUGUAUAUUCUGGAAAGUGGGCCCAAGCUACAGAUGAGGAAGUUCAAGAAGAGUUAGCGAAGGGAACCCCAUGUACUUACAGAUUCCGAGUGCCUAAGGAAGGGAGUUUGAAAAUCAAUGACUUGAUUAGAGGAGAGGUCAGCUGGAAUCUAGAUACACUUGGGGAUUUCGUAAUUAUGAGAAGUAAUGGACAACCAGUGUAUAAUUUUUGUGUCACAGUUGAUGAUGCUACUAUGGCUAUCUCACACGUUAUAAGAGCCGAAGAGCACUUACCUAAUACACUAAGGCAAGCAUUGAUAUACAAGGCUCUGCGGUUCCCGAUGCCUACUUUUGCACAUGUUUCGUUGAUUCUUGCCCCUGAUCGCAGCAAACUGUCAAAACGACAUGGUGCAACUUCAGUAGGGCAGUAUAAGGAUAUGGGGUAUUUGCCUCAAGCAAUUGUUAAUUAUCUAGCAUUGUUGGGUUGGAGUGAUGGGACUAAUGCUGAAUUCUUUACACUGGAACAACUGGUUGAAAAAUUCUCGAUUAACCGCGUCAACAAUAGUGGAGCCAUAUUUGAUUCAACCAAAUUGAGGUGGAUGAAUGGCCAACAUUUGAAAGCUCUUCCCACAGAAGAGUUGAUAAAAACCGUUGGUGAGCAAUGGAAGAGUGCGGGGAUCCUAAAUGAAUCGGAAGGCCUAUUUAUAGAAGAUGCUUUUAAACUCCUGGAGGGUGGGAUUGACGUGAUAACCGAUGCAGAAAAAUUACUUUCAGACUUGCUAUCUUACCCUUUGCAUGCUACUCUAUUAAGUUCUGAAGGUAGGGACGUCAUAGAAGCUGGUCUUCCUGUGGUUGCAGACAGCUUGUUAGCAGCAUACGAUAGUGGUGAGCUUGUAGCUGCACUGAAAGAAGGAAUACCUGGGUGGCAGAAGUGGGUGAAAGCCUUUGGGAAAUCUUUAAAACGCAAGGGGAAAUCUCUGUUCAUGCCCCUCCGAGUUUUGUUGACAGGAAAACUUCAUGGUCCAGACAUGGGAGAGAGCAUAGUUUUGAUCCAUAGAGCUGGAACAAGUGGCAUUGUGGCGCCUGAAAUUGGGUUCGUGACAUUGGAAGAACGGCUCAAAUCAUUGCGGCAAGUUGAUUGGGAAGCAUUUAUCAAGGUGGAGUCUGCUACUGUUGCUUAGAUUUGUCUUUCUGCAUUCAGAUUUUGUAGAAUUUAGGCAUCAAUUCAAUUCCCUUUGUUUGGUAUAGUAGUUUGUAUUGCAUUGGGUUAUUUAUUUUUCUUUUUCUAAAGUCAAAUGGAAGCUCUUGCUGAUAUAUUCUUUAGCUAUCAGUAAUCCUAUUUACAAGC